AUGGUCCCUACAAACAACACGCUUGAAGGGUCCGCGAUGGAGCAGGUCACGGUCGACGGUGAGACUUACUUGGUCAAGGAAGGAACGUCAGCAGAUGACAUUUACGUGUGGUGGAGCAAGCCCUCCGCGACGGGGCUACCUGUUGGGAUCGAGUACCGUGGAGGUAACUCUGCGGAUGCCAAUGCAGCGCUAAGGGUGGACUCGCAGGUUCUCUGA